AUGCACAAAGCCCGAUCUGACUCCCAGGAUGACCUCCCGGAAGAUUUCUUCAUCCCAGUGCCCUUGGAUGUUGCCAACAUCACAACUCUAAGUCCUUUUCUGGUACCUCAGACUCACCUUGGUAGUCCAGGCCUCUUUAUGAGCAUGGCUGCCUUCAUGUUCGUGUUGAUUGUACUUGGGGUACCCAUCAACGUCCUCACCAUCUUCUGCACUUUCAAGUACAAGAAGCUCCGCUCCCACCUCAACUACAUCUUGGUCAACCUUGCCGUGUCAAACCUGGUGGUGGUCUGCGUUGGAUCUACCACUGCCUUCUACAGCUUCGCCCAGAUGUACUUCAUCAUGGGCCCUCUUGCAUGCAAGAUAGAGGGCUUUGCUGCCACAUUGGGGGGCAUGGUGAGCCUAUGGUCCCUGGCAGUUGUGGCCUUCGAACGAUACUUGGUCAUUUGCAAGCCUCUGGGAAACUUCACCUUCAGAGGCACCCAUGCCAUUGUUGGUUGCAUCAUAACCUGGAUCUGUGGCUUGGUGGCUUCAGUCCCACCCCUGUUUGGCUGGAGCAGGUAUAUUCCUGAGGGGCUGCAGUGCUCGUGUGGUCCUGAUUGGUAUACAACGAACAACAAGUGGAACAAUGAAUCUUACGUCAUAUUCCUCUUCUCCUUCUGCUUUGGAGUGCCCCUCUCUGUUAUCAUCUUUUCUUAUGGUCGUCUUCUUGUAACCCUGCGCGCAGUUGCCAAGCAGCAGGAGCAGUCAGCCACCACACAGAAGGCUGAGAGAGAGGUGACCAAGAUGGUAGUGGUGAUGGUGAUGGGCUUCCUGGUAUGCUGGCUUCCAUACGCCUCCUUUGCAUUGUGGGUAGUGAGCCACCGUGGAGAACCUUUUGAUGUUCGCCUGGCCUCCAUCCCCUCUGUCUUCUCCAAGGCCUCCUCUGUUUAUAACCCUGUCAUCUAUGUCUUCAUGAACAAGCAGUUUCGGUCCUGCAUGCUGAAGCUUGUCUUCUGUGGCAAAAGCCCCUUUGGUGAGGAGGAGGAUGUUUCGGGUUCCUCCCAGGCAACCCAGGUCUCAUCGGUGUCUUCCAGCCAGGUGUCACCAGCGUAA